UUUGAACUUUUGUACUUGAAAUAUUAUGUAAUGAAUUACUAAAGUUAUUUAAUAUUCACAAAAUAAUACACAUUGGUUAUGUUUAACGGCCAUCAGUAAUAAAUUGUUUUAAAAUUCGAUGAAAAACAGUAUCCUUGUACAGAAAUGACUAUUACCCAUUUACAAGUAAAGCAAUUGUACAAAGAGCUUUUGAAGUAUGGCAGUAAUUUAAAACUUACUGACAAAAAUUAUUAUAAAAUUCGAAUCAAACAGGAAUUUUUAGACAAUAAACAGUUAGUUAAACCUGAAGAGAUUAAAUUUUUCUAUGAUAAAGGUCGAGAGUUAUUAAAAAGAAAGUCAAUAGUAUAAAGUGUGUACGUUUCCAUUAUAUCUAUGUAUUCAUUAUUGUGUAAGGCUCUACCUUUUAACACUAUAAGUGUAAAAAAUGCUAGAGGCAUUAGUUUAACAUU